AAUGAAAGCCGAAACAUUCUCUCUCCGCACCGCUGCUACCACACUGGAUAUUUCAUUCUUUCGUCUCUGUUUGUCAAUCUCAGCUCGCCCUCUCUCUUUCUCUAGCUCUUUCGGCUCGUAACGCAUGUGGCAAAAAAGUUCUUCGGUGUACAAAACUCAACUUUGCCAAACUCACUUUCCAGUGUUGCAUACGCUUCAAGUAUUAAUUUCACAUGGUUUCAGUUUGUCGGUUGUUGUUGUUGUUGUUGCUAUUGUCGUCGGCUUUUUCUUUUGCAUCGCUCGUUCUGAGUUUUAAGUUGAUACUGCGGCGGCUGCUGUUCGCAUAAAUACACAUACACAAACUUAGCUCCGAUGGAAUUUGAACCUAAGGCGCUGUAGCGAAUCGGAUUUUAUAUUAAUUCAUCUCAUUCUUUAUCCCUUCAUAACCGUAUGAGAUUCGACAGCCACCAAAACGAUGAUAUCGUCGAAUUGAUUCAAUUUUCACCAACACUUUGAUACAAUAACACUUUGAUACACGCUCUCUCUCUCUCUCUCUCUCUCUCUUUCUCUCCUUUCUCUCUAUCUGUCCUUCCAUCUCUCCAACGUUUCUCCGUCGUCGCGCUUCGUUCGAUGUCGACACAUUUUUCAAGUCACUCACACCACCCCGAACCAGUACCAAAACCAAUGCAAUUGGCUAAUUUCUAACGCAGCGCUGUUUUGCCGUGACUGUUUAUUUUCAUUUUUAAAUCGGUCUUCAAUAAGCUAUUCUCUUCUCGUUUGUUUUUUCUUUCAUUUUGCCUUGCGUGUGUUUGUAUUUGAUUUUGUGACGGUUUUGUUGGCUGUGACAUUUAUGUGCACAUUUCUGUUCGAUUGCGAUUCAAUCAUCAAUAAACUGACAACCAACGUGAAUUCGUAAAACAUUGACUAUUUCUAACAGCCGCGAAUUUAUUCCCUUUUUUUUCCCCAUUGGCAUCGCAUUUAUUUUGUCAAUAAAAUUCGUUUGCUAAAGCAUUAAUUCUUUGAGUGUGAUUUCGAACUGAAAUGGCCACAUCAAUGGAAUCUGAAAUGGAUUUUUCGCUAUCGUUCACUGAGUUCGAGAAUGAUCUCAAAACGGCUCAACAGAAUUUGAUUCUAUUUGCUGAAAUCCAAAAUUCAUUCAAAUCCGGCGAAAAUAUGCUACGCAGUGACGUUAGCCAAUUCAAUACUAUCAAAGGAACGGUUCAAAAUCUGGGAGAUAUUUUAAGGAAAUUCAAUUCAGACGUUGACAUUGUUUUCGCGCAUUUCAACGAUCACAACACAGCCCAGGCGUAUUUUUUCACUAGCGAUGAAAAAUCACAAAACGUCGCCGACAAUAAAUGUCAAAUAACUCACAUUGUCGAUGCACAGCAACGUCUUUGCUACGCCAUCGAUGUGAAUGGCGAAAUUCUGAGGCAACUGAAAAGAUUCUGGAAAUAUUCGUCGGUACAGGAGCUGGAGACUAACGAGUCGCUUAGGUUGAAUGACGUUUUUGGCAUUGAAAUUGAUAUGAACAUGCAUCGUGGAAGAUUCGUGUUUGACACAACGAAAAACUCGGUGCGCAUUCGCUUAAUCGAUACUGGUGAAAUUAUCGAUGCUGGAGAUUAUGGCUUUAAGAAACUGCCAGAUGACAUAAAAUCGAUUCCGCCUUGUGCAAUCCUUUGUCGAAUCGAACGGAUUGGACCAGAUGAAGUGGAAUCGUUGCCAGAAUCGGUGAAAGGGCAAAUAUUUGACUAUCGAAUUCGGAAAAUUGAUGAAAGCAACCAUAUCUUUAACAUUGACGUUUUUUCGAAAAAUCCAUUUUUGCUGGGAUUCGCUGACGAUACGAACUGGAAAGCGUUUAACGAAUUCGGUGGCGGUGAAUUGGAACCAUCCGGCGACACCGAUGUCAGUUGGAAUCUUGAGCAAACAAUAAAUAAAACACUGCAAUCGAAGUGGAAUGUCACCAUGGGAAAUAGAUUGAAAAAAUCGCAGUUGCCGACUCCCAUUUAUAAUUCCAAUUAUGAUCUCAAUGACAACACAUCAAGUGACUUUCAAUCGGUUGAAAAUCGGAAUGCAAUCGCAUCGAAUGCCAGCUCGUUCAUCGAUGCAAAUGGAGCUGCUGCACUCGAUACAACAAACAAUGAUUACGAUUAUGAUGGCGACGUCGAUGGCAACAACGGCGAAAAAUCAAUUUCAAUUAAAAAUCGCUUGGGCGAUCCGCCAUCCAAAUCGUGGUGCUUGAAUCCGAACAAACGGCAGGCAAACAUCAUGAAUGACUCUUCGCGUGCACAUUGUUUGAACAAUGGAGGGCGGCAAUGGCAGAAGCAACAGUACCAUCAACAUUGCCAUCAAAACUCGUUCACCAGCUCAAAAUCGGCAUUCGAAAGCGUUCGGCCAAUGAAGACGCAAUGCGAAACGUAUUUAUUGCAAAGCCAUCACAACCAGCUUAAAACACCUCGUGUAGGUGAACCAACCACCAUUAUUCCGACCUGUGUGCUCAAUGCAACCGAGUUCUAUGGUCAAUUGGGUCGGCAUUUCAGUGGAUUUCACUACUUCCAACAACGACUGAACAUUCGCCGAUCACAUUUCGAAUACGAACAGUACUCCCAGAUGCCAGGAAACGCGGAAUUGGUUUUGGUUUUGCUUGAAAAUGGACUAUUCCACCGAGCCAAAGUUUUGAGCGGUGCUGAUGAUCAAGCCACGGUAUUCUUACUCGAUUAUGGUACCACGCAUAGGGUUUCAUUGCAUCAUAUUCACAAAUGGACACCACACUGUGACAAGCACUCAUUUCAAGCCAUACUUUUCACAUUGUCCAAUGUGAAAGUUCAACAUUCGAUUGUCAAUUCCCACAUCACCAAUUUGGUCAAUGAGAAAAUUCCCAAAACAUUCGUUUCAGCAGAAAUUACAAAUGUCGAUGGCCGUUCGAUUUCCGUGCGUUUGUUUGACGACAGUGGUUUUGACAUCGGCGAGGAGAUAAACUGUAUCGUAGACUGUAUCUCAGCGUAAAUGUCAUUAAUUAUUACAAAUUGGAAACAUGAACAGAAAAACCUAUAAAAAUGUUUCAUUCAAAACUGUAUAACCAAUUUUCGAAAAUAAAAAAAAGAACAAAAUGCUGGACAAAAAAAAAAAAAUACAAAGGCUAUUUUAAUCAAAUAAAAAAAAAACAAAA